AUGGGAUGUAAGCUAAGCAAGCCAUCAAGCUCUGAGCAGAAGCCAGAAGCAGGCCAGUCCUUUGGUUGUGGAUGUGGAUCAUCCAUUUUUGAGCCAUUAAAGCCAGAAUGCUUGAAAGGAAAUAAGGUCCCGAACAGAAGGCAAGUGCACCAAGAACAGAAAAAGGGUACAAAAGUAAGCAAGUUGACUCUACAGGAAUGGCUUUUAACCUCUCCUAGCUUGAAGGCAGAGCACUUAAAAGGUGGCGAGCUUUGUGUUCUUAAACAUGGGUCCAAAAGGGUACACCCAUCUGUUUCCACUCGAGGAAGAGAGAGUUUCUCCAAGGACAGACUGUUGUUGCUUGAUCAUCAAGUUGCUGAUAUAGAAGACUAUUCUACUGUUUCUUCAGUUACUUCAUUUAGCAGAACCCAAAGUGGGAAGCCAGGAAAGAAGGUGAGCUUUAAACUGCCUGAAGAGGCUGAUAUAAUCAUAUUUCACUCGCCACAGAACUCAAUGGAGAGUGCUCAAGAUUGA